UUUGAAUGAAAUUUUUUUUUUGUUGUUUCAAUUUGAUUGAUAUUUGUGUGAAUCGAGAUCCCAAAAGAAACAAACAAUCCGACCUACUUUGAUUAAAUAAUGGACAAUGAAAAUUUUGGUGAAUUAUCACAAUUAUGUGAAAGAGUAUCUGAAGGAAAUAUUGUAAAUAAAGUUGGUCCAUCCGAAUUAUUGCGAUGUUGUCAACGUUUAUUUUUUUGUAAAUGUAUUGAACAAAAUUGUCGAAAUGAAAAACGUUUAGAAUUAUUUUGUGGUCGUUGUACAUAUCAAUCAGAUUUAUGUGAUGAUUUUAGUUGUGAACGGUUUUCAGGUGAAGAUUCUUGUGGUAUGGCAUCAAGUAUUGCUGUAUUAGUAUUAAUGUCUAUUGAUAUUAUAAUUACAAUUGGUUUAAUAAUUGCUGCUUGUAUUUAUGAAAGACGUAAAUCAUUACUUAAAUCAAUGGGUAUUAUGACAUCAACAAUACCAGCAACAUCAUCAAUCAAAUCGACGAUAAAAACGAAAAAAAUUUCAUUAAAAAAACAGAAAAAAAACCGUACACCAAAAACAAAAAAAUCAACUAAAGGUACAACUGAAGAUGAGGAAAGUUCAGCAAGUGAAAAAUCAAUAAGUGAAAAACGUUCAUCAACAAGAACAUCACAAUUGUUAUCAUCAAAAUCAUCCACUAAUAACAAAACUGAUCGAAGAACAUUAUCACCAAAUAAUAAUGGACCGAAAAUUUUACUUCGUUUUAAUUCAAAGAAAUCAAUGUCACCAAAAGCAUUACCACCACCAAUUAUAACAACAGGUGCAACAGCAACAUAUCUGCCAGCAAAUAAUGGUGGUGCUGUUCCACAAGUGUUUGGUAGACUAAAAUCAAGAAGUGUUAGUGAAAAUACCGAGCAACAAGAUCAACAACAACCGAUGGCUGAUCAAAAACCUGAAUAUGAAGAACAUUUAUGGACUGAGAAAUGAUUUUAAAUGAUUUUUUCAUUUUUUUUUUCUUAUUUGAAAAAAAAUUAAAUAAAAGGAGUAAUA